AUGUCUGUGUGCCGCACGAACGACAAUGAUCCGCGGCUGCUGGGGCGCAGAAGCAUCGGCGGCCACCAGCAGCUGCAACAGAAGCUCCGCUUGGAGGCUCUGCAAGCGCCAGGCAAGGCGGCGCGGGAGAAGGUCGCAAGUGAGGCCGUGGGCCCCGGCUGGGCCACCGUGCUCCAGACAGCACGCGUCCGCGCGAGCACAUCGAAAGAUGCCCAAAUCCUGCAGACCCUGGAGGAGGGCAAGAUGGUAAAGGUGCAAGAGGUGCGCAAGAGGCGCGCUCUGAUUGCGGAGCCGCUGGCCGGCUGGGUGAUGCUGGAGAAGCUGCGCCAGGACCCUUGGCAGCGACUGGGACCAGAGAAGACCUCGGCCACUUCGUGGGCGCAAGAGUCGGUGCUGGCACGCCUCCGAACCGCUCCACCCGAGCCAUCCGUGGUGGAAGACCCAUCAGGAGGCGAAGGCUCCAAGAUGCAGAGCGAUAGCCUGGAGAGCGCCACUGUCCCAACAGCCGGAGAAGAGGCCGCAACCCCUACGCUCAAGCUUCCUUCAAAGAGCACCUCAACCUCUGUCGCUGACGAGAGCAGCGGAAUCUCAAAGAAUACCCGGUCAGCCAUUUGGAUGGAAGGAGAUCGCUUGCUCAAGGUGUCGUCGGUCUGGUGGUUGGCAGCAAUUGCUGGGAUCUGUCUCGCUGUCCUCAUGGGAACUCCUGGCAUCUCCAUCCUCGCGACUUCGAUCAUUAUCUGGGGAGCUCUUUACCACAAACUGCAGCCUCGCUGGCUGAAGGCAGAGGCCCGCGGUAGCUGCAAAGCAGCUGCGCCUACUGUCCAAGAGGAGUCUGUUGGCUUCAUGACACCUGUGGUCCAGGAGGAUGGGCAAAUGCCGGCGCCUGACGACGAGGCUGGGGAGGCGCUUCCCCAACCAGCCGUGCAACCCGUCCCUGUUGUCGAGUACGAGUCUGUUGAGUCCAGCGCGCCUGCUGUUGCGGAGGAGGUCGGGCAGAUGCCCCCCGACGACGAAGCUGCUGAGGAGGACGACAUCACUUCCGAGAUGGGAGAGGGACUCUGCGGCGGCCAAUGGCAUGAAGAGCAAGCAGACAAUCUUGGAGGAGGAUUUGGCCUUGGUGGUCUUGUGGUGGCACAAGGAAUCAGAUUGGGGAUCCCGUCUGCCAGCUGCAUCGCGAUGCUUGGUGCUGGCGCAGGCGCAAAGGGCGUGCUGGGCCCUUCUUCAGCAGGAGCCUGCCCCCGCUUGACAUUGUGGGGAAAGGAUUGCUGCAGCCUGCGCCACACCUGCUUCUCGGUGAUCGUGCGAGGCGCUGAUGACAGCUGA